GUUUGGUCCAUGAGCAUGUUGAGUGCAGCGUUUCCCGCGGCGGCGGCGGCGGUUGCGCCGACAUACGGCUCCAAUGGAUAUGUGUUUUGGCAGCCCUUCUUGAGCGACACGGGACUCGCAUUCCUGCAGCAACAGGUUGACCGGGUGUUGACCAUGACGCAUGAAUCCAUCUCCACCGAAUGGAUCAUGAACAUUCACUUGCUCGGGGAAACAUGGCUGCUCGACCUCGCCAUGGACACCCACUUGCUGGAUGCUGUCCAAGAAUUUUGUGGGUCCAACAUCACGCUGCUUCAGACACACUUGUUUUGCAAACCUCGAGGCUGCCUGCCGACCCCGUGGCACCAGGACGGAUCAUCGGACACGGACAUUCCAUUAGCCACUGUCUGGAUCACCUUGGACGACCUGGACGCGCCGUCGUCUGGCGCACUGGUGGUCCUGCCCGGUCAGCACCAGCUCAACCUACUCCCAAGCGAAGCCAGCGACCACUUUCAAUUCGACCGCGUUCUUCCUACAUCGUAUCUUUCCCAGCACAAAGCGUUUCGCUACGCACUCCAUGCUGGCGACGCGGCGGUGCACCACCAGUGGCUACCCCACGCGUCGGACACCAACACCAUGCUGCCCUUUCGACGGGUCAUUGUCUUACGCUAUAUGGCAACGUCCGUGCUCGAAGCGGAAGGCGUCGCGCUGUGGCGGCGCACCUCUGGCAAUGCGUUGGCUCCAGUGGACCCAGUCGACGAAGACAAGGACGAAGAAGGCGAGCUGUAUCCUGACUUUCGAGCUGCCAAUGUAUACUUUGAAGGGCGCAACAUUUGUUUGCGGGGGAAAUACGUAACCACCAACCCAUCCAAUCAUGCUUUGGUAGUACAAGUAUGUAGUUAGUACUAGUAUAUAACGUCACCAACGACACCUAGCGCACCUCUUUGAUAUCAGCUAAAAGGAUGGGCUACCACUACUACUACACGUCUCGUUAAGAGAUCGAGUGGCGGUUGUACUGUGGAUGUAGAUUCAGCUUGGGCACUUCGCGCUUGAGUAGAUCCAGCAAUUCCAGGUCGGGAAACGUGCACGUGAUGUCGCGGACAGACGACGCGGCCGCCUUACCCCCUAGAAGCCAGCCCACGGGGUUCUUGACUUUGCUCCACAGCUCUUGCUUGAUCUCCCGUACCAGCAAGCUUCGACUACUCGAACGUUUGGUAAACUGCCGCUUCGUGCCCCGCAUGUCCUGGCGAUCGAGCAGGUCCAUGAGCUCUCUUUCGCGCACGGCAUGUUCCUUGUUGACUUUGUCCAGCUCUUUGACUUGGGUUUCCAGAUCUUCGAUGCGCUUCUCGACAAGGGAAGUGUCGCCGAGUAGGCUUAGCUUGGCCUCGAGCGCUGCUAACCGCCGGUCCUUGUCGCUGUUGUCUUGCAGGAGCUUGUUGUGUUCUUGUUCGAAAUGCCGUGCGCGGUACUUGACCAGGAUGAGUUCAUCUUCCAAUGCACUUCGUAACCGAUGGGUUUCAUCCAAAUCUUUGAUCGCUUGAAACUCCAUGCUCAUCCGAGUGAUCUCCCACAACAACUUGGCGCCUUCCAAGCUUCGCACUUUGUGUUUGAGUUCGCUGCACGUUCGGUGCAUGUCGAGUAGCAUCGCUCGCGCCUCGAGGAGCUCGACAGCGUCGCUGGAUGCCAUCGCCAAGUGAGGCAAAUGGAACUCUGCCCGCAUGACGCUGCUGCAAAGUUCAGGCAAGACGGUGGUGCCGCCAUCUCCUCCUCCAUGUGUGUGCAUCGUUGGUCACGAGAACGUUGACGAUUCGUAGAAGAUGUCCAAACAAGACCUGGUUGCUGGAAGGCUGGCAGGUUGUCGAAAG